UACUGGUUUCUGGAGAUUUCAUGUGAGAAAAGGACAACCCCGAACCCUUUCACUCUCAUCUUGCGUUGUUGAGGUUAUUUUUAGUCCUCCUGUUCUCUUUUUUGCGACCGGAUAAUGCGGACCUUCAAAGCCCUCGGAGUAUGGCAAAAGCUUUAGGAUGCUGGACUUGUGUUCUUCGUUUUGUUCCUGUCUUUUUACUUAAAUGCCAGCACGGUGAAUGCGUCGGACAGAGUGGACAAGCCUUCUGCUAGAGGUCCGCAUUCAGAAAGUCAACAUUUUUUUCGGGAGCGAGUUGAAAAGGAUGUAACGACCAUCUACCUUGACCAGCCGAAGUCUCUUCAUCAAAAUGCAGAAGGGAAUACGACUUAAUGAUGGUCAUGUCACCUACCUGGGGCUUUUGGCAAAAAAGGAUGGUACAAGACGAGGGUGCUUGAGCAAAAAGAGCUCAGAUAAUACAAAAUGGCACACAAAGUGGUUUGCUUUAUUACAGAAUAUGCUCUUUUAUUUUGAGAACGAGACCAGCUCUCGACCCUCGGGAUUAUACCUGUUGGAGGGAUGUAUAUGCGACAGGGCGCCUUCACCAAAACCCUCACUGUCAGCCAAGGAGUGUUUAGAAAAGCAGUAUUAUUUCACUGUCAGCUUCACCCACGAAAACCAAAAGGCACUUGAGUUACGCACUGAGGAUGUAAAGGACUGCGAUGAAUGGGUGGCUGCAAUAUCACAUGCCAGUUACAGAAACUUGGCCACGGAGCAUGAGACUCUCAUGCAGAAGUAUCUUCAUCUGCUUCAGAUUGUGGAGACAGAGAAAACAGUUGCUAAGCAACUUCGACAACAGAUAGAAGAUGGGGAAAUAGAGAUUGAAAGGCUUAAGUCAGAGAUUGCUGGGUUGCUCAAAGACAACGAGAAGAUCCACUCUAGCCCUACAGCUGCCCCAAGUGAGGACGACUCAGAGAUCAAGAAGAUCAAAAAAGUCCAGAGCUUCCUACGAGGCUGGAUCUGCAGAAGGAAGUGGAAGACCAUCAUCCAGGAUUACAUCCGCUCACCGCACGCAGAGAGCAUGAGGAAGAGGAACCAGGUGGUGUUCAGCAUGUUGGACUCGGAGGCCGAGUACGUCCAGCAGCUCCACAUCCUGGUGAACAACUUCUUGAGGCCGCUCCGCAUGGCAGCCAGCUCCAAGAAGCCUCCCAUCACCCACGACGAUGUCAGCAGCAUAUUCCUCAACAGUGAAACUAUCAUGUUUCUACAUCAGAUAUUUUACCAGGGUCUAAAAGCCAGAAUAGCAAGCUGGCCAACAUUAGUGUUGGCGGACCUGUUUGACAUCCUGCUGCCCAUGCUGAACAUCUACCAGGAGUUUGUGAGGAACCACCAGUACAGCCUGCAGAUCCUGGCCCACUGCAAGCAGAACCGGGACUUUGACAAGCUGCUGAAGCAGUAUGAGGCCAAGCCCGACUGUGAGGAGAGAACUCUGGAGACCUUCCUCACCUACCCCAUGUUCCAGAUUCCCCGCUACAUUCUUACGCUCCAUGAGCUGCUGGCCCACACACCUCAUGAACAUGUUGAGAGAAACAGUCUGGACUAUGCCAAAUCUAAGCUGGAGGAACUCUCCAGAAUUAUGCACGAUGAAGUGAGUGAAACAGAGAACAUCAGGAAGAACCUGGCAAUAGAGCGCAUGAUCGUAGAGGGUUGCGAGAUUCUCCUCGACACCAGCCAGACGUUUGUAAGACAAGGGUCUCUCAUUCAGGUGCCGAUGAGUGAGAAGGGCAAGAUCACUCGCGGGCGACUGGGCUCUCUGUCUCUCAAGAAGGAGGGGGAAAGGCAGUGCUUUCUCUUCUCCAAGCAUUUAAUCAUCUGCACCCGGGGUUCGGGGGGAAAGCUUCAUCUCACCAAGAAUGGAGUGGUCUCGCUUAUAGACUGCACUCUUAUGGAGGACCCUGAGGGGACAGAUGACGAGUCCAAAUCAGACAAGAGUGGCCAGGACAUGGAGCACCUGGACUUCAAGAUUGUGGUGGAGCCCAAAGACAGCCAGUCAUUCACAGUCAUCCUGGUGGCUUCCUCAAGGCAGGAGAAAUCUGCGUGGACCAGUGACAUUAGCCAGUGCAUAGACAACAUUCGCUGCAAUGGGCUGAUGAUGAACGCCUUCGAAGACAACUCUAAAGUCACAGUGCCUCAGAUGAUCAAGUCAGACUCCAGCCUGUACUGUGACGACGUGGACAUCCGCUUCAGCAAGAUGAUGAACUCCUGCAAGGUGCUGCAGAUCCGUUACGCCAGUGUGGAGCGCCUGUUGGAGAGGCUGACCGACCUCCGUUUCCUCUCCAUCGACUUCCUCAACACCUUUCUGCACUCCUACCGCGUGUUCACCAGCGCUGAUGUGGUGCUAGACAAACUCAUCACCAUCUACAAGAAGCCAAUCAGUGCCAUCCCUGCUCGGUCUCUGGAGUUAUUCUUUGCUAGCAGCCAGAACAGCAAGCUCCUGUACGGAGAGCCUCCCAGCUCCCCUCGAGCCAGUCGAAAGUUCUCCUCCCCUCCGCCCCUGGCUAUUGCCAAGAAUUCAUCCCCAAACCGCCGACGCAAGCUCUCCCUCAACAUCCCCAUCAUUACUGGGGGCAAGGCUCUUGACCUGGCUGCCCUCAGCUGCUCUUCAAAUGGCUAUGCAAGCAUGUACUCCUCCAUGUCCCCAUUCAGCAAGACCACCUUGGACAUCAACAAACUCUAUGUGUCCAGUCCGAUCGCAAACAAAAUCCCCGAUGAGGGAGAAGCCAAGACGGACAAGGUAGAGGAUGCCUCUGUGUGCAAACAAGAUCUCUCUGUACGGGAAGAAAGUGACAAUGAUCAAAAUCAGAGUGAUGAAGCAGACCCAGAAUCCUCUCCUACCAAGUCACCAACAACCCCCAAAAAUGUCAAGUGCAAAAACUCUUCAGAGUUCUCCCUGUUUUCCUACAACAACGGCAUGGUGAUGUCCUCAUGUCGAGAGCUGGACAACAACCGUAGCGCCCUAUCAGCUGCAUCUGCAUUUGCUAUUGCUACAGCCGGCGCCAAUGAGGGCACCCCAACCAAGGAAAAAUAUCGACGGAUGUCCCUCGCCAGCACAGGCUUCCCUACAGAUCAGAGGAAUGGAGACAAAGAGUUUGUCAUCAGAAGAGCCGCAACCAACAGAGUCUUGAAUGUGCUGAGGCACUGGGUGUCCAAACACUCUCCGGACUUUGAGAGCAACAACGAGCUGAAGACAAAGGUCAUUGCCUUCCUGGAAGAAGUGAUGCAUGACCCUGAGCUGCUGACCCAGGAGAGGAAGGCAGCUGCCAAUAUCAUCAGGACUCUAACUCAGGAAGAUCAUGGCGACAAUCAGAUCAGCCUUGAAGAAGUGACAAAAUUGGCGGAAGGAGUGAAGGCCGAGCCCUUUGAGAACCACUCCGCCUUGGAGAUUGCAGAGCAGCUCACCUUGCUGGACCACCUGGUGUUUAAAGUCAUCCCAUAUGAAGAAUUCUUCGGACAAGGCUGGAUGAAGAACGACAAAAACGAAAAAACACCAUAUAUCAUGAAAACAACAAAGCACUUCAAUGACAUAAGCAACCUUAUUGCCACAGAGAUCCUGCGCUGUGAGGAUGUGGUCACUCGGGUAGCGGUGAUAGAAAAAUGGGUGGCUGUAGCAGACAUCUGCCGCUGUCUCCAUAAUUACAACGCCGUGCUCGAGAUCACCUCCUCCCUCAACCGCAGCUCUGUCUUCCGCCUCAAGAAGACCUGGCUCAAGGUUUCCAAGCAGACAAAAGCGGUGAUUGACAAGCUACAGAAGUUGGUUUCAUCAGAAGGGAGGUUCAAAAACCUGAGGGAGGCUUUGAAGAACUGUGAUCCUCCCUGUGUGCCGUAUCUGGGGAUGUACCUCACUGAUCUGGCUUUCAUCGAGGAGGGUACACCAAACUACACGGAGGAUAACUUGGUCAACUUCUCAAAGAUGAGGAUGAUUUCCCACAUCAUCAGAGAAAUCCGGCAGUUUCAGCAAACAGCAUACAAGAUUGACUAUCAACCAAAGGCAGCACAGUAUCUCCUGGAUAACAGCUCUGUUCUGGAUGAAGAAAGCAUGUAUGAGGCCUCACUCAGAAUUGAGCCUAAGGUGCCCAACUGAUGAGGAUGGUGGUCCUCCGUGUUAUUUUCUCUGUUAAUAUUACACAUCAGUUAACAUUAACUUUUGUAUAGUUGUACAUGUUUAAAGUAUUUUCUCUUCUGUACAGUAGAUGUCUGAGGUUGUUUGAGGACACAAAACAUUAUAUAAAUAUAUAUAUACAUAUAUUUUGUUUCAAAUGCCAUGCCACCUGCUUUUAGGAUAUUUUUUUUUCAGUUAUGUUGUGGUACUUCAAGCAUAAUAACAGAGGUCACUACAGUUGUACGCAAUUGUGUCUUCUGUGUGACCAAUGACAUUAUUUUGCAUUGUCUCAUACUUUGUUGAUUUUGCACUUUGUGAGCACACAUGCUGUCCGCCAUUGUUCUCUUUGCUUGAGUUUGUUGAUGACUGAGUUACUCUGCAACCAAUGUAGCAUUGUAAAAAAGAAAAAAAAAAAAAAAACCUAAUUGCAUCAAAUCAGGUAAAAGAGCACAGAGAAUAUAACUAUAUAUAACGAAGGGGAGGUGUGUUCAUGAGAGACGACGGCAAGGUGUGUGAAGCAUAGCUGUCUCUGUGCUUUCCAAACCAAAAUAAAGGGGGAUUUAUUUCUUCAUUUGUGUCUGCCACCCUGAGAUUCAUAACAUCAACAAUGCAAAAGUGGCAAAUUCAGUGUGUCUUUUUAUUUGUUGUAAAUCAGCACUGUCCUGUCUGAGCCUGUUGUCAUAUCAACUCAGACCUCUUAGUUCAUUUAAACACGAUACCGCAAAUCUCUCUCUGAUGUAUGCAGACCAACAUACAGUGAUCCAGCACGGUUAUAUCUCAUUUGAUUGCUGUGGGGUGAUUUAAGGGGAGGGUUUGGUUGUCUGAAUUCACUGUUAUGCUCAGCAUUGUACAAUGACUGAUUCAUGACUUUUCCCUUUGUUAAAACCUUGUGUCCCUUGGUUUUAAAAUUCAUCUCAAAGUUACUCAUGAAAAAAAACGAACACAUGCAAAGACGGUACCGUGUUUUCACGUUUGGCGAUACUAGAGUAAAAGGUUGUUGCUCUUCUGUAAUUAAAAGACAAUCUGUCCUUUUUUUGCUGUUCCAGUGAUUGUGGAACGUGACUGUAUAUCACUCUGUUAUAUGCAUUGCCGUUUAAGAAUAUGAUAAAACAUAUGUGAAUGAUCUCUGCCUGCAGCAUUCAAACACUAUUUUUGUAGUAGUAUAAGAGAGAGUAAUCAGCUCUUUAUAUGAACAUGGGGAAGUAUUUUGUACUUUGUUGUUAAUUCACCUUACUGAAGUGUGCUGUACAUUUUGUACAUGCAACCCUGCAUAUUUCUCAAUGUGGAACUGUGUAAUCCU